CGUUCCCUGGCUCGGCUCGCAGGGGCAUAUUGUUUAAUGUCAAACUACUGUUGACAUUUCUUUUUUUUUCUUUUUCUUUUUUUUAAAUCGACAGGAGCGAUGCUCAUUCAUAUACAAGCAUAGUUUUGUUUGUAGUUUCUGCUUUUCCUGUUUUUUUUUUUUUUUUUGACAUCUACAUGUUCUAAACAAACAGAGAUGACAUGUCUGGCUCAGACUGUCCAGGUCAUCGCAAAUCGGUCAACACAAAACUGCUCAACUUCACCCUGAAUAUAAACAAAGUCGAAGUGUGCUUUACUGAAAGUGUGGUUUGACUGUAAAAAGGUAAAACAGCAGAAUCAGCUCGCAAUUUUCCGUUUUUCCGUCUUGGCUUGAAAGCAACGAGAAGGACCCUGCGGUCUAACGGGGGCUGUCGUCACAGCUGCUCCUGGGGCCACGUGAUGUGUCACUGGUCUAUUUGUGAGCCAGACACCUGAAUUGGGUGGUACUUGCAUGAAGGCAUCCCUGUCACAUGUCAACGCAGUGCUUGUAAACGUCCUCUCCCGGCUCGCCUCAUCCGAAUCUGACUUGAGAGCUGGAGAAGGAAGUGAAGGGAAAAACGACACGAACGAGCAGCCGAGCUCCACGCAGGGAAGCAAGGGCUCACAUUCUGGACUGAGCUUUAAUAGUAUAUUCAGUUGAGCCACCGCUGCCGUUCUUGCCAGGAUGAUUCUGGCGACGUUAAAAAGCGUCGGGAAGCAGCUCCUGCGGGUGAAGGUUGUGGACUGCAGCGCGGACGAGUCCCGCCUGUCCCGAUGCCUCAACACGUUCGACCUGGUGGCCCUGGGUGUCGGCAGCACGCUCGGCGCCGGCGUCUACGUCCUCGCCGGCGCCGUGGCCCGGGACAGCUCCGGGCCGGCCAUCGUCCUGUCCUUCCUCAUCGCUGCCCUGGCCUCCGUCCUGGCCGGUCUGUGCUACGCAGAGUUCGGCGCACGUGUCCCCAGAACGGGCUCGGCUUACCUCUACAGCUAUGUGACGGUUGGAGAGCUGUGGGCUUUUAUCACAGGCUGGAACCUCAUACUGUCUUACGUCAUUGGAACUUCAAGUGUGGCCAGAGCGUGGAGUGCGACCUUCGAUGAGCUGAUCGGAAGGCACAUUGAGUUUUUUUGCCGACAAUACAUGACCAUGAAUGCCCCAGGAGUCCUGGCAGAGUAUCCAGACAUUUUUGCUGUCUUCAUAAUAAUCACUCUAACAGGGCUGCUCGCAUUUGGAGUCAAAGAGUCAGCCAUGGUGAACAAAGUAUUCACCUGCAUCAACGUGGUGGUGCUGCUGUUUGUGAUCAUCUCCGGCCUGGUUAAAGGAACCCUUAAAAACUGGAGCCUGGACUCUCAAGAGAUCCUCAACAGCACCGCAAACCUGACUGCUGAUGAGCACGAAGAACUGAAGGAGAGCCUCGGCGGUGGCGGUUUCAUGCCUUUUGGCGUGUCUGGAGUCCUUUCCGGCGCCGCCACCUGCUUUUAUGCCUUCGUAGGCUUUGAUUGCAUUGCCACUACAGGGGAAGAAGUGAAGAAUCCCCAGAGGGCCAUUCCUAUCGGGAUCGUGGCCUCUCUCCUCAUCUGUUUCGUGGCAUACUUUGGUGUGUCCGCGGCCCUCACCGUGAUGAUGCCUUAUUAUUUGCUGGACAAGAACAGCCCUCUGCCAGUGGCCUUUACGCAUGUGGGCUGGGAGGGAGCCACUUACGCAGUGGCCAUUGGUUCUUUAUGCGCUCUGUCGACCAGUUUACUCGGCUCCAUGUUCCCAAUGCCCAGAGUGAUCUGGGCCAUGGCGGAAGAUGGCCUGCUCUUCAAAUGUUUGGCUAAAAUCAGCCCACGAACCAAAACCCCCCUAACAGCUACAGUAACAUCGGGUGUUGUGGCAGCUGUGAUGGCUUUCCUGUUUGACUUGAAGGACCUGGUUGACCUCAUGUCCAUUGGCACCUUGCUGGCCUACACUCUGGUGGCAGCCUGCGUGCUGGUCCUCAGGUACCAGCCCGAGCAGCCCAGCGCCGCCUACGAGAUGGCCAACACCCAGGAUGAAUCCGAAGCGGCAGAUACCGAGGGGAGCGUCGACAUCCUACCACAGCCGGACGACCGCUUCACCAUCAAGAAUCUCCUUUUCCCUUUGAACACUGAGCCGUCCGCUCUGUCCGGGUUCACUGUCAACGUUUGCACCGCUACACUUGGUGUUUUGGUGUGUGUUUUCAGUGUCGUUGCGGUUCAAGGAGGGAUGGCACCCUGGUCUCUGUCUGUCCUUGUCAUUCUCAUGGUGGUCUGUGUGAUUAUCACCUUCAUUGUGUUCCGACAGCCGCAGAGCAAAACCAAGCUCGCCUUCAAGGUUCCCUUGCUGCCUUUCGUCCCGGUCAUCAGCAUGUUUGUCAACGUGUACCUGAUGAUGCAGCUCGACAGAGGAACGUGGCUGCGCUUUGCCAUCUGGAUGGUUUUAGGUUUCUUCAUCUACUUCGGCUACGGCAUUCGCAACAGCGCAGAGGCAGCGCUGAGCAGCUCUGACAUCUUCACGCCCGCCUGCACGAUAAAAGGGGAGCCGAUGGCGACAGAGAAGGAAGCCUUCCUCCACGGCACGGCGAGCUCGUCACCAGACAAUGACGACGACGAUUCCUGAGGAGGUUCUCUAAUCUGAAACACUGACUUGUUUUAAAUGGUCAAAAACAGCUGCAGGUCCAGGAGACGUAUGGAGACUUUUGUGAGUCCUUCCAAUCGGAAUGUUUAAAUGUUUCCUGGUUCUGACCCAAAAAUUUGAAUGACCCUUUGAUGAAAGACCUGAAGGUAUCUUUUAAAUGAAACGAUAUGCAAACAUUUGAAAGCCAAAAUAUAAUUUAUAACUAUUUCAAUUUUUUAAUUUUUGAUAAAUAAUUUGAAAUAUUACAUUUCAAACUAAAUCUGUUCACGGCAACAAAGCAAAACUAGUUUUAACACGGUUUUACCUCAGCUUCUGAACACAGCUGUCGUUAAACUCGGUUUCGACAGAAUGAAAAAAUGAUAUGUCUAAUAUUUUACGUUUUACAUUUGGAAUUCAAAAUUAGUUUUCAUGUGUUGGCUGUUUACAGAAAAAAAACUUUGCUUUUUUUUUUUAACAAGUGCCUUUUUUUGUUGCCUCUAAGGUACAACUUUGGAGUUUUUUAUCAAUCUAUUUUGUUACUAAGGACAGAUACAGAAAGUAUAACUUUCCGGCUGCUGUUAACAACAUUAACUGUUCAGCUCAGAGAAAUACAGUGUGGUGCUCCAUUUGACCCACUCCAGUACUCUAUUAUCAGUGUUUCUCUGCAGUGAAAGCAUUGAUAGACUCGUCUUGCAGCUGACUGACGUUACACUGUUGUCUCUGUCAGGGAACUGCACGACGUAAAUCAGCCAAAGAAACUAGAAAGCUGCUAAUGUGAAUUGAUAUAUCAGAUGCUUUACAGUAUGUACAUAAAUUCCAAGUGCCUCUUUCCCAAAUGAAUGUCACACCUUGAUAGAUCGAUAUCGCCGGCCAGCUUUGUGUUCUCUGUAUAUUUAGUACACAUUCGUGUAUCUAAUGCAAGUAAUUUCCCCCUAAGUUUUUCCAGCUUUUAGUUUACAUACUUCUCGAUGAGGUGAAUUACAAUCAGUUUGCUCGUACUGUAGAUCCAGGAACUUCCUGCACCGGCAGUAACCGCGUACCUCAAGCUGUAGUGCAUCUGUUGGUCGGAGGUCAUUUUACUCAUCGUGGAAGCUGGUGUGUUCCGGUCCACAGGGCAGCUAAUGUGACCGUACAUGUGUGUUCACUGAAACUGCAACAAGGUGGAAAAAAAGUCCUUUUUUUUAAAAAAAAAAACAAAUAAAAAAAACUUACUAGCAUGUAUUCACCUUUGAACUGGUGAAUUAAAAUACACUAUGGUGCGUUUUUGUUCUCUAUUUAUUUGUGAACUUGAAGACAGUUUCUAUGAGAUAUAAUUGGAUGAGGUGUCAUUGCGACGUUGCUAUUUAUUGACUCUUUCUGUAUAGGUUUCUAGUAAUAGCACCAAAAGAUGCCACAAACACUAGGCUGCCUUGUAAAUAAACACAGAGAAUGUAACUUUGCUGCAUUUCUGAAAUAUCAGAGUAGUAAAAAGAGAUUGUGCUGUGUUGAAUGAAUUUUUUUUAUCAGCUAGCUCCUUUUGUAAAUAAAUGCAUUAUAUACUGGGAUAUGUCCAAAACAGUUGAACAUGAUCUCAUACAGCUUUACUUCUUUAUUCUAAAACCAAAUGCAUUAUGUGCCUGUUCAGAGAUGCAGGUUUUUAUUCUUUGUAAAUACUACUUUGAUCAAUUUGUCACACGCGCAGUUUCACUGUUUGCUAUAGUUACUUGUCGGGUAAGUAGCGUCAGGUUCCAUCCAUGCUACUAAAACCACAAAUAGUUUGGGAACAGUGUCCGGUUCAUGUAGACAUUUGCAUGAUAUUGCAGAUAUUUAAAAACUAGCUUUUAUAGUGCUGCUACUUUGUAAUGUCCAGUGUAUCAUUGUGGUGACUGUUCACCCUAUGUUGUCUUGAUGUUGGUUGCGGUUUGUAUAGUCCCUGCUGUAAAUAAAUAAUGUAGAGUUAAAGCACAGAA